AUGACUAUUCCCCGCCUCGAGUUGACCGCUGCUGAAUUAUCAGUAUGUGUAUCGAAUAUGCUUGUAAAAGAGCUUGUAAAAGAGCUUGAUGUUUCACCAGAUGAUCGAUUCUACUGGACCGAUAGUACCACACUCCUGAAGUACUUUACCAAUGAUAAAGCCAGGUACAAGACUUUCGUAGCAAACCGAGUCCAAACGAUUAGAGACACAACUGCACCUCAUGAAUGGCAUUACGUUGACUCAGCCUUGAAUCCUGCUGAUGAUGCGUCUCGUGGUUUAAAGAUGUCACGCUUUCUUGAGAACAAGCGGUGGAUUAACGGACCAUCAUUCCUGUGGAAAGCAACAGAUGAAUGGCCUAAACGACCUGCUGAUGUAAGCAUUAAUACACUUGACGAUCCAGAAGUCGCUGCAAUAUCUGCUAAUACCAUCAUAUCUGGUCAACACAAUGAGAUUCUGGAAUACUUCUCUCGUUUCUCUCAAUGGUAUCGACUAAAGAAAGCUAUAGCAUGGUUGUUACGCAUGAAGCCAAGACAAGAUCGCAACCGACGGAAUCUUGGUGAUAGUUCCACGCAAGAUAAGACCCUCAAACCUAUCAUGGUUGAAGAAUUGGAAAAGGCAGAAGUUACAAUUGUGAAGAUUGUCCAAGCAGAAUCCUUUCCUGACGAAAUUAGUGUGCUGAAAAGGGUCGAAGAUAGCAGCAAAGUCAACAAUAGAAGUCUUACUAAGCAAAAAACGACCAAACUCAGAAAGUCAAGCUCAUUGUAUCGCCUGGACCCUUUCCUUGGCUCCGAUGGUCUACUGUGUGUUGGAGGAAGAUUACGUAGGUGUGACGAGAUAACGACAGAAAUGAAGCAUCCCGUCAUAUUGCCGAAAAAUGGUCACGUUACAGAGCUGAUUAUUGGCCACAACCAUGAGAACGCUGCCCACGGCAGAAGAGGAAUUACUCUCAACCAUUUAAGAGGCAGAUAUUGGAUCAUAAACGCCAAUUCCAGAGUCAGAAAUUACAUAUCAAGAUGCGUAGAUUGCAGAAAAUUUCGCGCCAGAACCGCCAAAGAGAAGAUGGCUGAUUUGCCCAAGGACAGACUUACUUCUGCAGCACCAUAUACAUACUGUGGAGUUGAUCUUCUUGGCCCCUGUCUUAUCAAGGAUGGUCGGAAAGAAUUAAAACGCUAUGGUGUACUCUUCAUCUGCUUAAACAGUCGAGCAAUUCACCUAGAAUCAGCCAACUCCUUGGAAACCGACUCAUUCCUGAACACACUCAGACGUUUUAUAGCUCGACGUGGUCCCGUGGGAGAAAUAAGAUCAGACCGAGGUACCAACCUAAUAGGAGCUGCGAAAGAGCUUAAAGACGCUCUCAAAGUAAUGGACGACGCGAAGAUAAACCUGUGUGCCCAUGGCAUUUAG